AUGGUAAGUCGGCGAUACUGUAGCCCUACCAUACUUUCCAUAUUGUUUCGUUUUCGAUGAAUGUCAAAUCUAACUGUAGAGUAGUGCGGGCUGUUGGAGGCUCGAUCCCGUCAGCUCGGAGCCAGAUCAUCCUUCGGCUUUCGCGGGGUUAACUCGUGUGGGCAGAUUGGCGGUGGCUUCUGCCCGAUAUUGCCUGUUGAAUUUUGCCACUCACGGUAAAUUCAACGCUUAUCACUCGGACUGCGAUAAUCUAAGCUUAGCCGCAAAGUGACUUGUUUUCUUCUAGUUUCUCACAGUCAAAAAUGAGUAUACCGGGGGCAGCUAGACUGCAGGGGGGUAGCAAAUCCUUCGACCACGAAACCAGUCAUUGCCACCGAAAUUGGAGGGAGAUAGAUGACCACAUGCAACCGGUCACUCGGUUUAGUGUUACAUGUUGCAGACGAUGGGUGAUCCUUGCUCCGUCGAGCAACCCCCUCCGCCGCCCGUCGACUUCACCAGAUCGCUGAUUGCUCCAACUGCCAUCAAACAAGAACCGGGCCAUGGACUCAUACCAUCCACUCCUGGUUAGUAUCUAACAUUUUUGAAUUUCUGAACAAAUUCUGUUUUUCAGGCACUCCCACAGCUUUUCAACCUCCACAGCAGGCACAAACUGGGAUGCCUAACAUCCAAGCGAACAUCUUCAAUCCUGCUCUGAUGGCUGCUCAGCUCAAUGUUUUCAAUAACCCACAAUUGAUGGCAAUGAUGCAGGUGUGAAAAUUCAAAAAAAGCAAAGUCCCAUGCCGGGAAUCGAAGCCGGACCGCGUGGGUGAAAACUACGAAUCCUAGCCACUAUGGGAUGGCGGCUCGCAGAGAGUCUGCGUCCGUACGUACGUAAAUGGAUACACUCUUCCGAUCACUAUCUGAAUGUUUCAUCGGCAACUAUUUAUGUUCCGAUGGGGCAGAAAAAGAGUAGUACAAUGAAAAAAUGAUGGACAGGACGUACGAUUGGAGACGAGGGUCGCGUGCAAUUAACCUCAAAAAAAGAGAAAAGGAAGAAAAGAUCUCCGUUUCACUUUUCCACCACCACACUUUUUUAUCCCAACACAGGGGGCGGGUGGGUGCGUGUGUCAGUCAGGGAUGUCCGGGCCGAAAAACCUUGAUGAUAUGAAAAAUGGCCCUCGUUUUUCAAGAAGGUCAUCGAGCGAGACGAUGACCCGCGCGUGAUAACUCCUCUAUCAAACCCACUUUUUCCUAUUCUUCAACCGACAAAUUCAGGCGGCAAGAAGUCCUCUGAUGGCUCAUCCCGGAGUGGUCCCCCCGCCCAUGAUGCCCAAUAUUCUGCAGCAGUUGAACGCUCUCCGAAAUGCUCAGGUACGUGCGGAACAUCAUCUGAAAAGGAGAGAAAGGGCGUCCACGACCUUUCGGUCAAACUGUAUAAUGCAAACGAAAUGUUGACGAAACGAUGUGUGUGUGUGUCAUGCACCUUUGCCCCUAUUCCCGAUUAUUCCUUCUCUUUUUGAUAUUUCGAAGAGUGGGCGAAGACUUUGUUAACUUUCUCUUUUCUAAUUCUCUUAAGGGAUACCGGAUAAUCUGGAAGUCGUUAAAAAUAUGGGCAUCCGAUUUCUGAUCGCUUCCCUUUCCGAGAUAUCGGCUCAUCCGGAAGACUUACCGCAUUUUGCUGAAAUCAACGAUAUUGAAAAUGUUGAAGCGAUUCUGGACAGGUUCACAAUGGACUGCAGGGUGCUGUAUCAGGGUGAAACUGUUUGCAAGUCUGCCCUUUCUUUCGAGACUUUCGCAACAUAUCGCACGGUGAUUUUUUCUGGGAGCGCAGUGGAGAGAGGAAGAAAGUUCGGCCCUCGUCCCGUGAACUGUCGACUGCUUAUUUCGCUUUUUUUGGGAAUAAGUUCAUUGUGAUGUAAACUAACAAGACACAAAAAGCACGCACAAGCAGCCAUUUUUCCAGCAACCUAUAGACAUUUUUGCUAAUUUUUUGUUGCAAUUUGUCAGUUUUGAUCAUAACGAACGCAUUUACUAUGACAAUGAAUAAGAUGAAUCUGUAUUUCUCCGACGGCGCGCAUCUAAACUUCCUGGAACGCUGAAACCUCGGCGAGACCCCAAAGAGAAAUCACCGUGAUAUCCGUUUAGGAGUGCAUUCUCGCCCUCCCUCGGUAUCAUUCCUGCGCCUCAAAAGGUCAUCUGUCCUGUCCUCUCUUCUUCCCGCAUGUUGCCUUUUCUGCCAAUCCUCGCAGUCCCUUACACGAAAAUAUCUUCUCAAUUUGGUCUCAUCUUUCGUCGUCUAAAUUGCAAAAUUCGCCAUUUUCUUCUUUUCGCGGAAUUCACUUUUCACCGAGCGACCUUUCGAUGAUUGGAAUUCAAACGGAUCAGACUCUCUGCCGGGGAUAUCACUUUCAGUUCCAAAGGUCAAUCCGAUCCUUCUUCUCUCUCUCUCUAUCUCUCUCUCUCUUCCUCAUCCAUUCUAUUUGCCGCACUACAAGGACAGGGGCCAGAAUCGCGCGGAAGGAGCCACUGGCGACCCCUGAACAGGUUUCCUUGCCGCGUCAUCGUCUCCCUCGUCGCAUCAGUCCCUCGUCAUCAGCCACCGGGUGACCUCUACACUUUGGCAACUCGCCAGAUUACUGUCCAUUCCCUGUUUCGACUCCUCCGGUCGGCUGACUCCUGCGCGUGCUCCUUGAACUCUCCGUCCUCGUCUCCAGGCGCCUUCAGGACCGCUCUCUUAUCAACCGGCCACUCUCGCAUUCCCCAACAUGUGCAGCCACUUUCCACACACUUUCCACAUCGCGCCAGUGUCCUUUCACCUUUCAGUUCCUACGUCAUCCGAUCGAAGAGCGCCGCUCUCUCAUGGAUCUUUUCCAGCUAUUCAUAACUAUCUCUUAAGAGUUGGAAAGGUCAGACGGCUUAUCAUAGUGCGCUUGAGACAAUGUUGGCCUUGAACUAACAAACAUCAGUAAUUCAGGAUGUCUGUGAAUAGCAGUAAAUAUCUCGGCGCGUUGACCUCAUCGAGAGACAGUUUCUAACAAGUUCUUCUCGAGAGAAAACGUGACCACGUCAUUGAAAUCGUUCUUCGAAAACCUAAUACUUUUGAAAUACCUUCAAAUGUCACAGACACACUUUUCCACGCCACAACGCAUUCCUCGAAACCAUUUGCUGAGCAUCCAGCGAUCCCUUAUAAUCCCGGUCAUUCCACUCGUUUUUCAAAUAUGGCUCAGCCUUGAAGAGGUCACGGAAGCAGCAAAACAAGUAGUCCGGCAGCGUCUUCCUGCCCGUUAAUCUUCUGAAUUCGUGAGCCUUUGCUCGAGAGUCAGAGGUUGUUGCCCCGGUGACUUGCUACCCUCACCAGCUCGUGAGAGGAGCCCUUCUCGGUUUCUCCCCGCCCACUUUUCCCCCAGGUCGCCGCCGUUUUCGUGCCGCGCUCUCUUCGCUUUAUUAUAUUUUUGCCCCGGCGUGUCGACGGCUGCUGCCCUCCUCCGGGUGUCCCCCCCCCCCCAAUCACCAUCCUCAUCAACCAAGAGCCUACUUUAUCAGUGCUCUCCCACCUCUUCCUCACUCCAAAUGCGUGACUCACCUCAGCUGGAUCGAGAUGUGAUGUCGAAUCAGGAGAUCUACGAAUUUCUAAUGUAUAUUGCAAAUUACACAAAGGAUCUCGAAAUGAAUCCGUUGAAUCUUUCGAAGUCAAUGGAAUCCAGAGAAGAAGAGGAGCAUGUACGUUUUUGUAAUGACGUGGCAGAAGGUUGUUAUUAAUUGUACUCUCUUGUUGAAUGUUUGACACCCAAGGCAAACUGCUUCUCCAGCUGAUAAGAGCUCUUCGCUGGAGACAGUCAUAUGCAGUAAUGCCCUUGAUGACGUGGCAGCAGUCCUUAGUCGAGGGCCUACACGUGUGACACACCUUCCGGUAGACAAUCCGUGAGAAAGUGGAGAGAGAGAGAGAGAGAGAGAGAGACAGCACACCUACGUAAAGCUAUUCCGAGAGCUCUGCUCUGGAACUGCUCCCGGUCUUAUCCGGCCUUGACUCCUGCGCUCCCUUUCGACACUUGACCCCAUCCGUCCCGCCGACUUACCGUCUCAGUCGUCUCUCCGCCGAGGCACACUGUCUCAAAUGCCAGAGGUCAGCAGCCGCGUCGGUUUGUAUGUCAUCAUCCUCGUGCGCCAACCCAUUUCCUCACAGUUCCCUUCUCUCAUGCCCCACCGCCUCUCUUGCUCCAAUUUUCUGUUUUCGCCGCCACAAUCACGUUUUGCUCUCAUUAGCCAAGAUAAUCAGUCGAAAAGCGAGCUCUGUUCCUUUGGGAGCUCAGUGACUAACGAGCUGUGAGGGCGGCCGCUGGCUCCCGUUCGUAUUGCUCACGCGCAACAAGAAAGGAGAAAUUGUCUUCUGAUUAGCACGCCAAAAAAACGAAUACGAAAAAGAGUGGGCGUGACGGCCGGGAAAGGGUCUCGUUUUGAGUCUGAUUCGUAUAGACGAAGGCAACCAAAUUGACCUUUUCAUAAAAGUGAUAAGAAAUGCAAACGGGCAAUCGCAGUGCACUUCCGAUCUCUUUUGCGGGGUACCUCGCUAGUACGAAACUAAAUCCGUCGCCAAGAUUUGCUGCUCGCAUGAUUGUUAGACGUCUUCCCUCGGGGAGCCAUUCAUUCCGAUCGCUAAGCCGAUCCAAACAAGAACUUCCCGCUUCUUCGCCUCAAUCGGAAUAUUUUUAUUCCCGAUGAAGUCUAAUCUCUUGUGUCACUUGCAAGCGAACGAGAGCACGGUGACCUCCCUCUCUCUCUCUCUCUCUCUCUUUCCUGCUCACUUGUCUCCCAAUAUCCAUAGAAGGCAUCAUAUGAAACGAGGGGCCAGCGGAUAAUUAGGCAGAGAUAGAAAGCGGCAUGACAGAAUGGGCUCCAUAUCUUGUGCAUUUGACCCCCGCGUUGAGUUUGUUAUAUAGCACUCAAAAACAGAGAAAUGCAAUUCAUCCGCUCCCAUUUUCAGCUGUCGAAUGCAAAUACCAUGGCCAACUUGCAAAGAAUCUCCUCGAGUCCGAAAAUGGUGAAUGGAAGUGAGUAUUGCCAUCCGAUUGCCCCGUCAUAAUGUCGCGUUCAGGUUCUGAUCGGAGCGAAAACUGCGGAGAACUAUGUGUCGUGUGCGGGGACAAGGCGUCCGGAAGACACUACGGCGCCGUCUCGUGCGAAGGAUGCAAAGGGUUCUUCAAGAGAUCCAUCCGCAAGCGGGUAAUUCAACUAACCUUAACUGACCAAUUACGUUCGUUCGCCCUUUUCCAUAGAUAUCUUCCCAGAUUGGCUACGUUUGCCGAAGUUCAAAGGACUGUCCAGUCACCAAAUUUCAUCGUAAUCGAUGCCAAUAUUGUCGUCUCCGAAAGUGUCUUUCGAUGGGAAUGAGAAGUGAAUGUGGGUUUGAAUUGAACAGUUCAAUGAGCAACAUUUCGAAUUUCCAGCUGUGCAAGCGGAACGUCGUCCGGUGAAUGCUUCGAACAAUGAAAGUCCGCCGAAUCAGAACGGCACUCCGCGAGCAAUGACUCCCUUGAAUAACGGACUUGUGAAUGGACUGCUCACUCUCGUCAAACUGGAGCAGGAGAAUCAGAAAGUAGGAAUGCUCGAGACGAUAAUCAAACCGGGAAGUCCGGUCAACAAUGGCGAAUGCUCUCCGUCCACGGAAUUCAUGGAAGUGAAGCGGGAGUCGAUUGGAGAGGACGAGUCGGGUCUCGACGCGAUGACCGUAAUCGGACUCGUGCCUUCCGCCUCGCCCACGUCUUCCGGAGUCGGUUCUUCCUCUUCUGUUUCCGAUGAGAGCGGUCCCAUCUACAACUCGGAGCGGAGCCGUUUCGAAAUCUCCGUGCACGUACCCAAUCCACCAAUCAACCAACAGUUCAUUUCGGAGAUCACCACUCGGUUACUCUUCCUUUCAGUUCAUUUCGUUAAAGAUUCGCGAGUAACCAUAAGGUGAACUUUCCAAUGACACACCCGCCAACUCAAUUAUUCCUUCCAGAAACUCAACGAUUGAAGCUGUCCUCAAGACCAAGUGGUGUGAUCUUUACAUCCUCGCUCUGAUGCAAACGGCCGAAAAGAUAAAGCUGAGCACACUUCUUGAUAGCCUUUCGACUCAGUUGGCAAUCGCGGUCGAGUGCGGUCAACUGAAUGCGGACAAGUUCGAGCGAAUCACUGAGCAAAUGCAGCGUCUGAUCCAAUUGUCGCACCUGUUCGCCUCGCGCGACAUCAAUUUGGUCGAGUACGCCUAUCUCAAAAUGAUCUCAUUUACUGCCGAAGGUAAUUCACUUUCUUCCGUUCCCGUUCUACGCUCUAAUUUCUCUGCAGAUCUCCCCGUUUACAUGUCGACUUCCGAGACUCGCGGCGUGAAUUUGCUGGCCUCGCAGGAGCUGUUCGAGUACGUUUCCUCGUCGAAAAACAGCAACCAUCAUCACUCGAACGAGCACAUAAAUGUGGAUGACUCGACGUCCGAGGACAACGACACGCACGUCACAUCGCAGCAGACGAGCACCAAUCUUGCCGCCGAGAGGUAAUAAUUGUGAGGCGAGAUGCAGAAAAGCCUGGUGGCGGAUUAAUUGUGGGGUCUGCUUGGGAAGGAAAUUGUAAAGUUCACUCUCUUUCAGCCAACUUCCCUUUUCCAGAUACUCACGCCUCCUCCAAUUGCUGCCGUGUCUCCGAUGGUUCGACCCGCAGACAAUCGUCGACAUCUUCUUCUCCGGACUCAUCGGACCCAUGUCCAUCGAGACGAUCAUCCCGUUUGUGCUUCAAAUGAACCUGAUGAGCUUUUUCGAGAACGGCAACGCAUCUUCCGAUUCGUUGUCGUCGUCGUCAUUGAGUGACAUCAUGAGCAGCCAGUGA